CCCCACAUUGAAUUUCACACGUUUUGGGACUGCGAACUUGCCAACAUCAACUCUUUGCUCGUUGAGAUCAAAUCGCCAACAUGACUACCCAGCAAGGCGCUAUCAGCAAGCGUCGCAAGUUCGUCGCUGACGGUGUUUUCUACGCCGAACUGAACGAAUUCUUCCAGCGCGAGCUGGCCGAGGAGGGUUACUCUGGCGUCGAGGUCCGAGUCACACCUACCGUUACUGAUAUCAUCAUCCGCGCAACACACACCCAAGAAGUCCUGGGCGAACAGGGCCGACGCAUUCGCGAGCUCACCUCCCUGAUCCAGAAACGCUUCAAAUUCCCCGAGAACAGCGUCUCCCUAUAUGCCGCCAAAGUGCAGAAUCGUGGUCUCUCCGCCGUCGCACAAUGCGAAUCUCUCCGAUACAAAUUGCUCAAUGGUCUCGCCGUGAGACGGGCUUGCUACGGUGUUUUGCGGUUCAUUAUGGAGAGCGGUGCUAAGGGCUGUGAGGUCGUGGUCAGUGGAAAACUGAGAGCUGCUCGGGCAAAGAGUAUGAAAUUCACGGACGGCUUCAUGAUCCACUCCGGUCAACCCGUCAACGACUUCAUCGAUUCCGCAACCCGACACGUCCUCCUCCGCCAGGGUGUCCUGGGCAUCAAAGUAAAGAUCAUGCGCGGCUCUGAUCCCGAAGGAAAGGCCGGUCCACAGAAAUCUCUGCCCGACAGCGUCACCAUUAUCGAACCCAAGGAGGAACAACCUGUCGUGCAACCUAUGAGUCAAGAUUACGGUGCAAAGGCAUUGGCUGCUCAACAGGCAGCGCAAGAUGCCCGGGCGGCGGCCGAUGCCGAGGAAGGCGGCGCCGGCGGGGAGGAGCAAUAUGCCCAGGAGUAGGAAUCCCGAGAUGUUGGUGCUUCUUCUACGGUUGCGGCUGUUGGGGCAGCUUGCCAGGCCGUUUAUGAUGGUGCCGGUGAAGGGCCGUUGGCUCCUACUGCUGUUGUGGUACCGCCUCAGCCGGUCUACGAAUCUGCUGGAGUGGAUGUCUGGGCUAUGGACGAUACUGGAGCUACUGGCAGCUGGUGAUUCUGGUGAUCUGCAUCGCACCUAGCGCAUGACCGGCAAGAAAAACGGGUUGUGCAAAGAGCAAAUGUGACUCGGGGCGCUUCUUUUAGAAAAUGGGCCAGACCCACAGUCCUUGAAUGCAUGUAAAAGAACAGAGAAAACAUGUCACGGGCUUUUUCCUAAAUAGCGUCGGGCAGACAUCGAGUUCUUAAUUCUAACUACAAGAACACCUCAACAUUGAACUCCAACGCACUGACUGGAUAUCUCAACUCGAACUUCUCCAGUACCGUUGGAUGCAGGAUUCCAAAGCUCCCAAUAACGACUUCUUUCCCGGCAAUUCUCGCGUGGAUGCUGGCUCCGUGA